CUGGGGUUUGACUGGCGCAUUUCCGUAUUGGGACGGUCAUGUGGCCAUGGCGGACCCGCGCGAGCAUGGCGAGCUCCGUGCCGAGCGCGAGCGAGUAGAUGCUGCCAGCGCUGAUGCGGCGCAGCGGCUGCGCGAGAAGGUCAUGUGUGGUUUGAGUUGCAAGGAGGCAGAGUGGCUCCUGGAUGGAAACUUCCGCUCGAAUGACGAGGUGGGCAGCUCCUUACGCUUGGCCUGGGACUGUGCUGUGCGCCUUGAGGCGCAGUUGGGCGAAGCAGAUCGUCCUUGGGAAGAGCGCAAUCGCUGGCUGCAGGACCUGGCGGCAGAGCGGAACCAGUUGGAGCAGCAGAAACAAGAGUUGGAAGCAUUGUUGCUCACCUCCAAGCUACAGGUGCAAACGGCAUGUGCCACUGCUUCGGGGUUUCAGGCCUCCCGCUUAGCCGAGGUUCUGGAAGCGAACGUGGCCUUUCGCCAGCGCUGCGAGCACCUGGGGAGCCAGCUAGAGGCGGUGGUGCAUACUGCUCGCCGCAGCCUGCGAUUGUUGGGCGAGCGGCCCGACGUGCGCCCCGAAUCCGAGGCCGCCGGGAUGGCGCGGCGCUGGCGCUUGGAGUUCGAUGCGGCCAGUGACGUCGCAGAGGCCAUGUUGAGAUCCCUGAGGCAUCCGGAAGCCCCGGCGGGCGUGGCAUCGAGCUCAUUGGAGCACGCCUUGGAUCAUACCUGGCGGUUUCUCCUGGAACUGAUUGGCCUUUUCGAACGCGUGGAGGACUCCUUGACGUCCGAUCAACAGACGGAGGCAGCGUCUUGGUUUUGUGAAGAAGGCAAGGGAGGGGAGUUUGUUCCAAUGUUUCUGACUCAUUAGGUUUUUGGAAGUGUCAAACAGGUGUUUGGACAUGUUUGGAUCAAAAAGCCACCCCGCGCCCAAAAGGGCGGCAGGUGAACUUUCACACAUGCAGAAUUGUGUUUCUGUAUGUUUCUGUGGUAUAAGUUGUUGAUUGCAGUCCAACAGUUGUGAAUCGACAGAUCCUUGUUGCGUAUGUUGCACGGUGUGGGACAAGUAGCCCAUUGGCCAAUCCCGCAAUCCGAGGAGCAUGAAAUGACAGACAGUUUGCAAAGGCUCUGCAGCAAACUCAAAAGCUCAAAGGGAUAAUCUAUAGAUAUCUAUAGCUAUAUAUUUGUCAGCUGUAUUUUGGUGGCAAAUACAUUUGCCCAAUCUUCCUAGAAAAGUCAUGGAAAAGUCACGAUCACUUGAGAUGAACUUUCACCCGCCCUUAGUACUGCAGCGAUUUGGUGCAU